GGGACCGACUUACUGCUGAAAACAUGCACUGGCUUAUACCUCUCGUCUGCCUGAUUGGCGCUACGAGCUGUCACAAUGUUGGUCACAAUACCAAGGCAGGGCCGCCUCCUCCCCAGGAAAAAGGCAUCGUUGACUGGAUCAACAGUUGGUUAAGCACUUCCUCUACCACAUCGAGGCCUUCCAUGGAGUUACCGCCAGACGACUGUCCUACAUGCCAGUGCGGUAUCGCUAGAACUCGUAGGCGAAUUGUGGGCGGGUACGAAACUAAGAAGUUGGAAAUACCGUGGAUAGUUGUGCUGAUGUACAAUGGAAGAUUCUACUGUGGUGGAUCGAUGAUCAACGAUCUAUAUGUUCUCACUGCCGCGCAUUGUACUUCUGGAUUCCGCAAAGAGAAAAUGUCAGUAAGAUUUUUGGAACAUGAUCGUUCUGUUGCCAAUGAGACUAAAACAAUUGAUAGAAAAGUUGCCGCCAUUAUUCGUCACCUGCGCUACGACCCUGGCACUUAUGACAACGAUAUCGCCUUAUUGAAGUUAGACAAGAGGGUAGAUCUUAGUACAGCUCUUAAGAGUGCACGUGUUGAUGAAGUUGAAGGGGAUCAAGAUACAGGAAUACGACCCGUAUGUCUGCCUGCUGCUGGGGACUCGUACAGCAAUUAUACCGGCUUGGUGGCCGGUUGGGGUACUACUGAAGAAGGGGGUAGUGUCUCAAACACGCUCCAAGAGGUGCGUGUGCCAAUAAUUUCGAACACGGAGUGUCGCAAGACGGCUUACAAGCAACGCAUAACAGAGAAUAUGCUGUGCGCGGGCGAGGAGCAGGGCGGGCGCGACGCGUGCCAGGGGGACUCCGGCGGGCCGCUGCAUGUGCUCAACUCCACUGACAAGUACCAGAUUGUUGGUGUUGUGUCAUGGGGUGAGGGAUGUGCACGACCAAACAGGCCGGGAGUGUAUUCCCGAGUCAACCGCUACCUAACAUGGAUUAAAAGCAAUACUCGGGACGCUUGCUACUGUCAAUAGGAUUACUUAUUAAUAAUUACUAUUUAUAUUU